AUCUCGUCUUUGUACAGUGCAGUUGAUUGUGUUAGCGGAAUUAAUUGCCCACUUCGAAGCCCUCCUGUUUACCAUCUACAUACAUCACCACUCUCGAUCGAUACUCUGAAAUAUAUCGCUACUUGCAAAGCACAAUCGCAUCAUCAUGGUCGACCGCCCCAACAAACCCUCGGCUCUGGCGGCCACUCCUGGCCUGCAGCCGCAAGCUCAGGUCACCAUCUCACACGGCAACUCCCGCGUUUCCGCAUCGCUCCCCUCGGGCGAGAGCAUCGAGAUUCUUCUGUAUGGCGCCACCGUGCUGAGCUGGAAGGACGCCUCUGGCGAUGAGAAGCUGUGGCUGAGCGAGGGUGCAAAGCUGGACGGAACAAAGGCUGUGCGGGGAGGCAUCCCCCUGGUCUUCCCGGUCUUUGGCACUGCUCCCGAUCACGAAGCCACCUCCAAGCUGCCUCAGCACGGAUUCGCCCGCAACUCCCGCUGGGAGUUCCUCGGCAAGUCCACCAGCGAAUCAUCCUCCAACAGCGUCAAGCUCGACUUUGGCCUGUCAUCCGAGAACCUUGACGAAGCCGCCCGCCAGCUGUGGCCCUACAAGUUUGGUCUCCUGUACAGCGUCACGCUUGACCGUGAGAGCCUGAAGACGGCGCUGGUGAUUACGAACGAGGGCGAUGUGCCAUUCGAGUUCCAGACACUGCUGCACACGUAUUUCAGAAUCAAGGACAUCUCCUCCGUCCAAAUCGCCGGCCUCGAAGACUCCCCCUAUGUCGACAAGGUAGACGCCGCAAAGGCAAAGACCCAAUCCUCCGACCCAGUCGCCUUCUCGGGCGAAACCGACCGCGUCUACACCCCUGCCAAGGGCCCCAGCCACCCCGUCGUCAUCAGCGAGGGCGGUGCGGCCAAGUUUAGCAUUGUGCGCGACAACCUAGACGACGUGGUUGUCUGGAACCCGUGGAUCGACAAGGCCGCUGGUAUGGGCGAUUUCGAGCCCAAGGACGGCUGGAAGAACAUGGUCUGCGCGGAGGCUGGCGCGGUGAGCUCAUGGCAGAAGCUAGAGAAGGGAGAUGCGUUUGAGGGCGCGCAGACUAUUUACUUGAAGUAAGAAAUGAGCAUAUAUCUGUAGACAAAUGUACACGUUCACGCUUGCAGUGCACUGUCCCAGUAUAUCAACACGCAUGUUGAUCAGGAUUGCAUUUGAAAAAUGAAGCUGAGUUGUGAUUUCCCAUUAAGAAAAUGUCAUUAUACCUUUGCAUUGCAGAUUUCUUUCCGUCACGUAUGUUGUUGUUUUUUUCGUCUCAUUUCAUCUUUCGUAGUACGACGUAUCCAACUCGUAGCCUGCUUAUAUACAAGGAAAGAAAAGGGAGACAUAAUUUCGUCCGUCUGGUGUACGUUUUCCUUAUUUUUUUAAUCAUUCUUUUUCUACCAUUUUCGUUUGGAGAAUUGCUUGUGAAAACAAUGUAUAUAUAAUUCAUAUACAAUGCCAUCUCUCACUGUCUCAAUUUUCCUUGUAUCAAAUUUCAUGUUUCAUUCUCUUUCAUUGUCUUUUCCUCAUUUCUUAUGUUCCCGGGAGUAGUGGUCCGCCACCAAGAAAGCCAGCUCAAGAGCCUGCUUCUCAUUCAAUCUCGGGUCGCAGAAAGACGUGUAGUUGGUCGAGAGGUCAUCCUCAUCAAGGCCCUCGCUGCCGCCCAGACACUCGGUAACCGCAUCGCCGGUCAGCUCCAGGUGCACGCCGCCGAGGUAGCUGCCCUCCUCCUUGUGGAUGCGCAGCGACUGCUCGAGCUCGCUGUAGAUGUCGUUGAAGCGGCGGGUCUUGAUGCCGGUCGGGGUGGACAGGGUGUUGCCGUGCAUGGGGUCGCACUGCCAGACGACGCAUCGGCGGUGCUCCGAGUCCUCGACGGCGCGGAUGUGCUUGGGGAGCAGCUCGGCGACUUUUCCGGCGCCGUAGCGGGUGAUGAGGGUGAUUUUGCCGGGCUCGCAGGACGGGUUGAGGGCGCGGAGCAGGGCGAGGAUGUCCUCGGUCGGGGUCGAGGGGCCGACCUUGAUGCCGAUGGGGUUUGCGAUGCCGCGGAAGAACUCGACGUGGGCGUGGUCGAGCUGGCGGGUGCGGUCGCCGAUCCAGACGAAGUGGGCGGAUGUGUCGUAGUACUCCUUGGAUUCGCCGCCGGCCUGGAGGGGCUUGAUGGUUGGUGAUGAGCUUGGGGGCGUGCCGGGCCUGCUGACGCCCGGAUGGGUGGGCUUCUCGAGGAGGCGCGUCAGGGGCUGCUCGUAUUCGAGCAGGAGGCCCUCGUGGCUGGUGUAGAGCUCGACGGUCUCGAGCUCGCCGGGGCG